AUGUCGGUGCGACUGCCGUUGCCGCCGCCACCGCCGCCGCUGCUGUUGCUCAAUGCCACACGUUUUGCAAAAGACGGACAUCAAAGUGUGUCUGAGCUAACCACUCACUCCUUAAACAACAACAACACCAACAGCCAUAACAACAACAGUAGUAAUUGCAGCCAUUCUUCAGCCACUUCUCAGUCAGCUAACAAAUCAUCGCCAACAUCAUUGCAAUCAUCACUGAGUUUGUUGACGAAUGCCAACAGAAAACAAAAACUUCUUUUGUUGCCCGUUGACAACUUAAAGGUGUUGACAAAAAGGUCUGCUAGGAAAAGAAAGCUAGGCGACAAAAAGGAAAACGAGGAAGAAGAAGACGAGGUGGCCGAGGAGGAGAUUACUUCAAGACACUCAUCAUCAGAACAUUUUCCAACCACUUUGCUCAAAUUUCUUUGCUCGAAAAUAAGCGGCGGCAACAGCAGCAGCGGCAGAAGUGCUAACCUUUUCAAUGCUGCAAAUACGGAAAAAGCGGAGAUGGCAUCGAGAGAAGCAGCAACAGAAGCAGCGGCUUCACUGCACUGCGCGG